AUGGACAAUAAAAAUGGUAGUGUUGAAUCCCCUCCCAAACCGUCUACGUUGAAGUUGACGGAAAGAUUGUAUCAAGCCAAGUAUGGCCAAAACCAAAACACACAUCAUGGUACCACUAUCACGAGCACGCGUACCUCUGGAACCAGUCGCCGAUGUCGACGAACGGUACGAGAUCCCCGAAAGCCACAUCGCAACACUGCCAGCAAGGCCAAUGAUGGUUUAUUGUCCAUGGAGAAUGCCAAUCCCAAUACUACUACCAGUACUCGUACGAGCCAUGAUGAUGAGAUUCCAUGGGUAGCUUCCGCCAAAUCGUUGCCAGAUGUCACAUUGACUUCCUCAUCCUCGAGCAUCGAAACGACUGAUUCGAGUUCAUUUUCCGAAGAAAACCAGUUGGCGGUAAUGUCAACCAAAGCAGUGACUCCAUCUCGACCCAGCAAUGUCAAGACUGCCUUAGAAUCGCCAUCUCCGACUCUAAGGAAUCCAAAUCAACGGAAAUCAGUGACAGCAAUUCCCAUAAUGAAACCUAUUAAUAGUAGGCGACCCAAGAAUAUGGAGCAGAUGGAGAUGUCGGACACUACAACUGCGGUUAUUACAGACUUGUUUGCAGGUGUCACAUUGACUUCCUCAUCCUCGAGCAUCGAAACGACCGCUUCGAGUUCCUUUUCGGAAGAUAACCAGAUGACGGUAGUGUCAAACAAAGCAGUGACUCCAUCUCGACCCUGCGAUGUCAAGACUGAGGUAGAAUCACCAGCUCCAACAAAGAGGAAUUCACGUCAACUAUAUUCAGUGGCGGCAACUGCAGUAGUGACACCGAGUCGACCCAAGAAUAUCAAGCAGGUGGACAUGUUGCACGCAACCGCUGCAGUGAAUCCUGAAGGACAUCGACUCGCAUCUCCUCGGAGCGUUACCAUCCUGCAGGCAUCACCAUCCUUUCAGGAUCACACUAUUGUCUGGCUGAUUCGCCACGGGGAAUCUCUGGGUCAAUUGGCUCCUCGGACGCAACGCCUUACGGAUGUCACCUUGUUGGAUUGUGGACUGUCCGAACGCGGUCAGCAACAAGCCAGAUCCAUGCCCACACGCUAUCAUCUGCCACCAAUGGACUAUAUCCUGACAUCUCCGUUGACGAGGGCCUUGCAAACAGCCCUCUUGGGAUUUCCUGACAAUCGCCAUCUGAUGGUCCAUUACGAUUUGUGCGAACUGGGGGCGGCCAACAUUCCCGAGAAUCAACCCCGACCCCUUGUUCGCGUCUUGAACGAGUUGGACGCUCCUCGUGGCAUGCGGAUUGACGUCCAAUCCGCUCCACACCACACGAAAAUCCCCAAUGUCUUAAGGCGCCAGUACAUUCGACAAGUCUUUCAGUGGCUUGCUGCAAGUACUACUACUACAAUGUCAAGUGUGUGCCCACCACCACAACACAUUGCCGUCGUGUGUCACUUUCACGUCAUUCGUGCCGCACUCGCCGACGAGCAAGGAUUCUGUAGUCCACAACUCAAACCUCACAAUGCCGCACCUAUUCCCUGUGUUUUGACUCCGGAGGGACGAUUGAUUCCGUGUUAG